AUUCCGAGUACGAGAAAGAGAAAAAGCUCAGACUGAAAGGGAACAGGGAAAUUGUGACUACAGCCUUAAACGGUCCCUCGGUGUCUCCAGCCUGCCCACACCGCGCAGGCGUUCCACGGGUCCUUAGCUCUGCUCUUUGACCUCUGCCCCACCCCCUCCUCGGCAGCCACCCAGCGCUCUUCCGGUGUUGUGAAGGCGGUUCCGGUUCGCGGCGGUUCCCGGGUUUUGCGUUCCGCGGCUGGCCGGAAACCCCUUUGCAAAGCAGCCGGUUCCGGUUCGGACUUUGUAUCUUUGCUAAAGUCAGUGAUGUGAAAAGACCUGACAUGGAUGAUAUUGCUGAUAGGGUGAGGAUGGAUGCUGGAGAAGUAACAUUAGUGAACCACAACUCCAUCUUCAAAACCCACCUCCUGCCACAAUCAGGUUUUCCAGAGGACCAGAUUUCACUUUCUGACCAGCAGAUUUUACCUUCCAGGCAAGGAAAUUCGGGCCGAUCUUUUACAACAUGUUCCACAAGAAGUGCAGCUUAUAGUCCAAAUUAUUACUCAGACAACCCUUCCUCAGACAGUUUUCUUGGCUCAGGCGACUUAAGAACCUUUGGCCAGAGUGCAAAUGGCCAGUGGAGAAAUUCCACUCCAGCAUCAAGCUCAACUUUACAGAAAUCCAGAAACAGCCGAAGUCUUUACCUCGAAACCCGAAAGGCCUCAUGUGGAAUAUCAAACACUUUUACAGGAAAGUCAAACCAUCACUGCCACAUGUCUGCGUAUGAAAAAUCUUUUCCUAUUAAGCCUGUUCCAAGUCCAUCUUGGAGUGGUUCAUGUCGUCGAAGCCUUUUAAGCCCUAAGAAAACUCAAAGGCGACAUGUUAGUACAGCAGAAGAGACAGUUCAAGAAGAAGAAAAAGAGAUCUACAGACAGCUGCUACAGAUGGUCACAGGGAAACAGUUCUCUGUAGCCAAACCCACCACACAUUUUCCUUUACACCUGUCUCGAUGUCUUAGUUCCAGUAAGAAUACUUUGAAAGACUCACUGUUUAAAAAUGGAAAUUCUUGUGCAUCUCAUGUCAUUGGUUCUGAUACUUCAUCAUCUGGAUCUGCCAGCAUUUUAACUACCCAGGAACAGCGGUCUCACAGUGCAUAUUCCUUACCGUCAUAUACCCCAGAUGUUCCAUUUGGAUCCACAGAUUCUGAUCCUUGCCAUCAACCCCAUCAUCACCACUCUCUUCCACAUCAACCAGAUAAUUUACCAGCAUCAAACACACAAUCUGAAGGAUCAGACUCUGUGAUUUUACUCAAAGUGAAAGAGUCUCAGACUCCAACUCCCAGUCCUACUUUCUUCCAGGCAGAGCUGUGGAUCAAAGAAUUAACUAGUGUUUAUGAUUCUCGUGCUCGGGAAAGAUUGCGCCAGAUUGAAGAGCAGAAAGCACUGGCAUUACAGCUUCAAAAUCAGAGAUUGCAGGAACAGGAACAUUCAUUACAUGAUUCAGUAGAACUGCAUCUUCGUGUACCUCUUGAAAAGGAGAUCCCUGUCACAAUCUCCCAAGAAACAGAAAAAAAAAGUCAUAAAUUAACUGAUAGUGAAGAUGAAUUCCCUGAAAUUACRGAGGAAAUGGAGAAAGAAAUAAAGAAUGUAUUUCGUAAUGGGAACCAAGAUGAAGUUCUCAGUGAAGCAUUCCGCUUGACCAUUACACGCAAAGAUAUUCAAACUCUAAAUCAUCUGAAUUGGCUCAAUGAUGAGAUCAUCAAUUUCUACAUGAAUAUGUUAAUGGAACGAAGUAAAGAGAAGGGAUUGCCAAGUGUGCAUGCAUUUAAUACCUUUUUCUUCACUAAGUUAAAAACAGCUGGUUAUCAGGCAGUGAAGCGUUGGACAAAGAAAGUGGAUGUAUUUUCUGUUGACAUUCUUCUGGUGCCCAUUCACCUGGGAGUGCACUGGUGUCUGGCUGUUGUGGAUUUUAGAAAGAAGAAUAUCACUUAUUAUGAUUCUAUGGGUGGAAUAAACAAUGAAGCCUGCAGAAUCCUUCUGCAAUACCUAAAGCAAGAAAGUAUUGACAAGAAAAGGAAAGAGUUUGACACAAAUGGCUGGCAGCUCUUCAGCAAGAAAAGCCAGGAAAUUCCACAGCAGAUGAAUGGUAGUGACUGUGGGAUGUUUGCCUGCAAAUAUGCUGACUGUAUUACCAAAGACAGACCAAUCAACUUCACACAGCAACACAUGCCAUACUUCCGGAAGCGAAUGGUCUGGGAGAUCCUCCACCGAAAGCUAUUGUGAAGAUUUGUCUCAGUGAACUAACAACCUAACUCUGGGGGACCAGCCCUUUGUUGUCUACAGCCAGAGACCUUGGAAACAGCUGCUCCCAGCCCUCUGUUGUAACGCCCUUGAUCCUGGACCAGGCCCUGGCAAGAUGCAUUCACAAGCACAUCUGCCUUUCCUUUUGUAUCUCAGAUACUAUUUUUGCAAAGAAACUUUGGUGCUGUGAAAGGGGUGAGGGGCAUCCCUAAGCUGAAGAGAGAGACUGCUUUUCAGUUCUUCAGUUCUGCCAUCUUGUUUUCAAAGGGCUCUAGCUUCAUUCAGUCCCUGAUUAGGUAGGGGACUGAGAAAAGCUUGGGAAGAAUCUUGGUUUCAUGUAAACUCUUGUUGCUAGGCCUUCCUAAGAAGUAGGACAGGGCAUGGACAAAAGGUAGGGACGAAAACCACCAGCAUACACAUGCACAUAUACAUACACACUUGAUUUUCAAGAUGUGUGGUCAGGAAUAUGACUGUAAACUGGACUUUGGGGUACAUGCAUAAGUCCCUUCCUCCAGGACCCUUCCUAUUUUUUAUGUCCCGUGCAAAAUGUAACUGCUUCUCUACAAGGCUGUUUAUCAUCAGUAGCUUUGUCCCAUCCUGAGGCACAGCACACAAGCCCUAGGCAGGCCCCAAAGUACUGAGCAGUCCUUUCCUUAAGAGCAGGGGUUUACAUGUGCUAAUAACACAUGCUAUGGGGAAGAUCAACCCAGGGAGGGGUCAGUGGAGCCACAAAGCCCCACUUCUACAGUUGCCUACUUCUGACUAAGAAGAAGGACCUCAGUCUUUAGUAUAAAACUCCAGUGUUGGAUGAGUGCAGGUCUAGUUGGUCUGUGGCUAGUUAGUUUAAAUAUGUUUCUAACCACAGAGGAUUUAAUAUAUAUAUACAUAUAUAUAUUUCACAGGGAGAUUUUUUUUAAAAAAAGAAAAAGACUGAAUGUGUUCACCAUUUAGCCUGUAGAUUUAUUUUCAUUUUUCCAAAUUCCAGCACAAGAGAUCCCAGCCUCCUCUGUGUAGGGGGCUUGUAGACUUCCUAACAGAAUAUUUUGAGGCCUGGAUGAACUUUGAUUAGGGGUAGAGGUUAUCGAGGAAAGUGAGAUUUUUCAGCUGAAAAACGGGUGGAAUUUGGGCUGAUCAACUUGGGAUUUAAAAACUGCUAUUUCUUUUGUUCUUUCUAGCAUCUCUCCCACCCUCUGAGAGCUCCUAUGGCUUAGAUAGUGAAAUGAUCCAAUGCCAGUGUCAUUUUGUACUUAAGUUCCAAAAUAGGAACAUUUUAUACUUUUUUCUGUAUUGUAAUAGGUAGUUUUGUAUAAAAUCUUUUCUCCUCUUCCCUUGUACCCCAUCCUUUCCAGCAUUGUGCUUUCUCCGUGGGCUUAUUUGAAAAUUUUACUCUGUUUUAUACCAGGCUUGUUUAGUACAUUUUUCUAUGUUUUACCACAAGUUACAAUUUGAAAAAAAAACUAUUUUUUUUAAAUA